AUGGCGAUGGAUCGCCCCGACCUCAUCAGCAAGAUCCCUGACGCGUGGCUCGGCGCCGUCGUGUCCCUCCUCCCAGCCAAGGACGGCUGCCGCACCCAGGCGCUAUCCCGCCGGUGGCGCCACAUCUGGCGGUCCGUGCCGCUCAACCUCGACGACAGCAUACCCGAGAAGACCGUCUCCGGCGUCCUCGCCGGCCAUCUUGGCCCCAUCAGCCGCCUCUGUCUUACCAAAAUUGCACACCGCCAAUACCUCUACCACCACCGCACGGGGCACCAGAUCAUCGACAAAAACGGCGACCCAAGACUUGACGACUGGUUCCGCGCCAGGGGCAUCGCCUACGUUGAGGAGCUCCAGCUAGUCUAUAGCUACCGCAGCUACGGCAGCGACGUGCUGCCACUCUCGGUCUUCCGCUGCGCUCCCGCGCUCCGCGUGGCCACGUUCGGCUGCUGCCGUCUGCCGCCCAAUCUCGCCAUGGAUUUCCCGCUCCUUCAGCAGCUCACCCUUUGCAAUGUCACCCUACCGGAGGAGGCUCUGAGCGCCGUGCUCGCCGGCUGCCCUGCGUUGAAGAGCCUUCUGCUGGACAACACUGUGGGCUCUGCCAGACUCCGAUUCAACUCCCCUGCUCUCAGGAGCAUCGGCUUCUGUGCUCGUCAGGACACAGAAGAUCACCCUUACGCUCGCAUUGUCAAUGUCCAAGAGCUGGUCAUUGACGACGCCCCUUGUCUCCAGAGGUUGCUGCCACUCAAUCCAGACUAUGGUCCGACGACCAUCCGGGUAAUCCGCGCCCCUAAGCUGGAGAUAUUGGGUCCUCUGAGCAAAGCCGUAUCACAGCUCCACCUCGGGACAACAGUUUUUCAGGAAAUGAUUGCUGUCAGCUUGACAACCACAAUGCACACGGUCAAGGUUUUGGCUCUUCAACAUGUCGGCCCCGAUUUAGAUGCAGUUAUUGGCUUACUCAAGUGCUUCCCCUGCUUGCAGAGCCUUUACAUCGUGUUGGAUUAUUCAUGGCGGCUCCCCCAUGGGUUACAUAAAAGCGAGUUGUACCCUGCAGAGAACAUAAAUAAUGCGUCAUUGGACGAUCCAGUUGAAUGCCUUGAGCACCACCUAAAGAAAAUGGCGAUGAAGGUCUACUAUGGCAAAGGUCCAGAAGUUGACUUUGCAAGGUUCUUUGUAUUGAAUGCCAAAGUGCUAGAUAGAAUGGAAUUAGGAAUCGUUGAGAAAUCAAUUUUCGGCAGCAACAAAGAAGAAUGGAUGACCAACCAAUACAAGCAACUACGAGUUGAAGACAGAGCUUCUCACGAUGCUCGAUUUGCAUUCAAAAGGUUUUCUUGGAAUACAUGGAACUAUAACAAUCGUAUCCAUGAUCUAUCAAUGGCUGAUCCGUUCGAUGCCUCCUUCUUGGAUGGGUAUCUUGCCCUUUGA